GGCUUCAGGAUCACGAACUGAAACCAAAAUGCCUUUGCAGGCUUUGCUUUUCACUUUUCAGAUUUUAACGUAAACCAGAAAGGAUCGAGAAAUUAAAUUAAUACGGCACUACUACGGCCUUAACUUGCAGAUCUGAAGUUAGCAAGCAACCUGGCAUAUUUGUAAUUUGCGGACAAAGCUGAUCGUGGAUGUGUACAAAAUCUCAGAAUAUUCAUUUGCGAGUGCGAUCUAACGACGACCAGAUGAGAUAAUAAUGUUGCUAGCAUUACGAUGAUCACUAACGCACGUUACGCACCUGUGGCUCCUGUCCCGAUUGACUGUGUCAAAACAUUGUUUUGAGUUCACAGUGGAAUGGCGAAUUUUUCCGCGAAUCGAUUGUUCCACUUGCUUCGUUCUGUUAGCAGUAAUUUGCUCAUCUCAGGAGCAGGACAGCGGACGGUAUUAGAGCCGCGCUCCCAUGGAUGCAGAUAUGUCUCUGCAAAGAUGGGCAGACCCAGGGAGACUGAUCCACAUUUCGACGAAGUAAAUAUUAACCAGUACAGCAAGAAUGAUCCUGUCCUUUCCUUGCGAACAUACAUGUGGGGUAAUGCGCAGACCGGUGCUGUUGGUGUAGCGGAGUAUCCGCGGCCAAAAAUCAAUGCAAGGAAGCCACCCGUUUUACGCAAGCAUCAUCCAAUACGGCUGCCGUUCUGUGAACUGACGAGAAUUCGCUUCAAGCAAGUCAGUUGUGGAUAUGGAUUUACUCUGUUUCUUACGAGCAUACCCGAUAUGCAGAAUAAUUCAGUGUAUGUUACGGGACUCAAUACGGAUUCCCAGCUGGGAUUCCAUCCAAAAAUGAACAAGGACCGGUCGAUGAAAACUGUUCUGGCGCCUAUUCCGCUGGAUCUCCCACUGAGAAACCGUAAAGCGAAAGUUUUACAGGUAGCCGCUGGACGUGCGCAUUCUGUGAUCCUGACGGAAGAGGGAUGUUUUGCGUUAGGGAAUAACGCUUAUGGUCAGUGUGGCCGAAAAAUUGUCGAAAAAGAAAAUUACGCCAAUAACUCCCGAAUACACCGUGUCCAAGACCUUCCCGGCGACGUGAUAAAAAUUCAUUGCAGCCAGGAUACGAGUUACUUCCUAACCGCCAGCGGGCAGGUGUAUAGUUGUGGCUGGGGUGCAGAUGGACAGACCGGAAAUGGGACCUAUGACACCACAAGCGUGCCAGUGCGAGCCGUGGGUGAUAUCGCCGGAGAGAGAAUUGUGCAUCUCUCAUCCGCUGCGGACUGCGUUCUGGCUUUGAACGACAAAGGCCAAGUUUUCGGUUGGGGUAAUUCAGAGUACCAGCAACUGUCAACAGUGACGCGAGAGCCGCAAACGCCGUAUCCGCAGUAUUUACCAUUUGAUAAAGAACUUGGCCAAAUCAAAAACGUUUCCGCUGGUGGAACUGUUUGUGGACUCAUAAACGCACAGGGUCAAGCUUUUGUAUGGGGCUUUGGUCUGCUGGGAAAAGGACCAGAAAUUCAGAAUGCUGACUUUCCGUCUCCGAUGCCAAUGGGGCUUUUUGAAGCAGCAGAAUUCGAUGAAAAAAAUCCAUUAAAAAGCAUACAUUGUGGAAUGAUGCAUCACGCGAUUAUUUCGGAACGAGGAGAUCUCUACACAUGGGGCGCUAAUGAUUUUGGACAGCUUGGAUUAGAUCACUGUGGUAGAGAUAUUCAGUAUCAUCCUUUAAGGGUAAACAUCUCCGCAAGAGUCCAACAGAUUAGUUUAGGCGUCGAUCAUUCUGGCGCUAUUUGUCGGGCUAAUAUCUGAUAUGUUUAAGGUUGUUUAAUCUUUUGGAUUCUUUUAAUGAUGAGACGGUAUAUAGUCAACCGGUAAAACCCAAUAACAGACCGUGUUUCACACAUUUUCAACAGCCAUCGAAUUCUCUGGUCACCUUCUCACGAAGAGAUUUGUUAAUAAAUAAUUCUACUGCCGUUAACGCCAUUAUUUUAGCCAUUCGAAGACAGUACGGCUGAGUUUUAGAAGAUCCGGCUAGUUUUUGAAAUUCUCUAGUAUGUAUCAAAUGAGAUUCU